UGUUAGCACAGAGAAGAGAGAACAACUUUGAGUUGCUUGCUGUUUAUCAUCAUAGCAGUAGCAUAGAUAGACUAAUGGCUACUACUGGCGUCUACUGGUGUUUUGUAUUAGCUAAAUGUUUGGGUCUUGUGGUAUCUGCUAUAACAUCAUAUGAACAGUCACCUCCUAUUGCAUGCCCUGGAAAUAAAUUAGUGUUCACUUGUGUGACUGAUGGAUCUGUUAGAUGGAGAAUAAAUGGGAAUAACUUACAAACUGUCUUAAUGAUUGAUACUUCACCUCCUACAACACUUGGCAGUUUCUUACUAAAUGUGACACAGCAUAAUGGUAAUACAGGAGAGCUAGUUAGCACAGCAACUAAUAAUUCAGCUCCAGUAUCAUUAAAUGGAACUAGUAUUGAUUGUUCUGGAGAUGGAGGAGGAACAUUUACAAGAAAAUAUACCAGAAUCAAUUGAUAAUGCAACUAUUGAUCCAAUAAACAGUAAUGCAUUAAUCAUAAAUUGGAGUGCUUCAGGAUCAUGUAUAGACAACUAUACUGUUACUAUUAAUAGUAACAAUACACAUAAUGAAUCCAGGACUACUAAUAACACUAAUAUAACUAUUGAUACUCUUAUUAUUGGUACUAAUUAUUCAUUUAUUAUUAUUCCUAU